GAAAUUCGGUCGUUUACCCAGUACACGUACGCUGAACUAGCUUGGAACGUGCCAAUCGAACUCGACCUCUCUCUUUUUCUCGUGGGUAAAAUGGCUUCCACACACAAAAUGCUUGUUGUCGUCGGAUUGUUUUUGCUACCUAUAUUUGCAGCAGGAGAUACCUGUUUGAGUCCACAGAUAAAAGCAGAAACAUACACCACCCCAGAAAUAACCGUCUCAUCAGAAACCAUCUUCAUUGUACAGUUCAGUCUCGCCUGUCGCAAUGGCCUGCAGAAUUUGAACUUGCAUGCUGAAAUUGCAGGAAAAACUGUUCCAGUCACAAAAGUGGAAAAUACUCUGUACCAGGUCAGUAUAGCAGAUGAACACAAAAACCUCCCCGCCGGCUCCUACAAUGUGAAGAUUUAUGAUGAAGAAGGAUACACAGACCUCAGAAAGGCUCAGAGAAGUGGUGACCGUUCAAGUGAAGGCAAGCCUCUGGUGACCCUUACUCUUCAACAUGCAGGAGUGUGGAAAGGACACCUUCUACAGAGCGAGUUCGUAGCUGCGAUGACGGCCAUUGUUGUGUGGUGGAUGGCCUACACCGCCAAGACAAAACUUCAGGCAUAGACAUCAUUCAUUCCAUCAUUUAAUAAUCAAUAAAUUACGUUUUUUAAUUA